GAAGUUUCAUUCUCUCAACCAAAUUUGAAGAAUUUAUCACCAGUUAGUCACUAACUGCUUGUUAGGUAGUGUAUAUUGAAAAACGAGAGCUGUCUCCUGUGAGCAGAAUAAUGGCAGAGUACUUAGAUGAAAGUCCGAUACAGUUUGGGCAAAUCAGCACAGUCCAGAACUGCAGCGCCGAUUCAUCUGAAGACCCCUUCUUAACAUCCUCCACCUUGCCAACAUGCCUUCCGUUUGCCUCUUCACAGUCUGUGCCUCUGCCCUUUCCCAUGGCUCAUGGCACCACCACCUUGGCUUUCAUGUUCCAGGGUGGCGUGCUGGCUGCGGCAGACACUCGUUCCAGUUGCUCAGGCCUUGUCGCGUGCCCAGCCUCGCAGAAGAUCCUGCCCAUUCACAGUCACUUGGUGGGCCUGACCUCGGGCACUUCAGCCGACUGCGCGCUUUGGAAACGUAUUUUGGCUCGCGAGCUGCGGCUUUACCAACUUCGCCACGGUCGACGGUUGUCCACGAGCGGAGCUGCCAAAUUGCUUUCGCACAUGCUUCACCCUUUCAAAGGAACUGAGCUGUGUGUGGCUGCCACGUUGUGUGGGUGGGAUGGAGGAGAGGUGGACGAUGGAUGUGAUUACCAUGGAGGCACAGAGACCGGUCCUGGUAGUCGAGGAGAAACAACAAAGAAUCAAAUGACUGAGCAGAAAAACUUUGUAGAUAGCACCAAUGCAAAGGUUUCUCUGGCAAAGGAUGAACGCUUUUCUUUCUCUGAGCAGUGCUUCAUCAGAAAGAAAAUGAAUUUAUCUGGACCAAGCCUUUUUUAUGUAUGCAGUGAUGGUACGCGCCUACGGGGAAUGCUUUUCUCUGUGGGCUCAGGAUCCCCUUAUGCCUACUCAAUUCUGGACCAAGGUGUUCACUGGGGGCUGACAGUAGAUGAGGCCAAGUCAAUAGCUAGAGAAGCUGUGUACAGAGCUACAUAUAGGGAUGCAUAUUCCGGAAACUGUGUGGACAUGUAUCACAUCACGUCAAAAGGCUGGACACGCAGAAACCGGGAGGAUUUGAAAGAGGAAUAUUACCGAGAAAAGGAAAGGCGAAAGCAUGAGAAAACAGAGAGGCGGGAUGUGACUUUUUCUGACUAAAGACAUGAAACAAACAAAAAUGGCUUGGGAAGCGAAAGGCAAACAUUGGGGAGUAUUUUGGAGAGACGUGAUACGAUGGCAUCUUUGCAGCAGUUACUAAAUUAAUGAACAGGACAGGCAGUUGCAUCCUCCAGGCUAUUUCUCAAAUGAUUUGGGCAUGCAUAUCGUUCUCUCUAAUAAACAGCUGAUGUUUUGUUUGUGCUGAUGAUAAAAUGUAUUCUAAGAGCACCCUGCUUGCUGGCAUUUUGAUUUAGAUGUUAAAGCAUUAUGAAUCAUUUCAAGAAUGUGAGAUAAUUACUACCUCCUCCUGCAUGCGGGUAAAUCGCAUAAACACAGAGAAGCAGAAAAUGAAUAGUCUAAAAAUCUAAAUGGCUGGAGGCUGAAGGUCAUAAUGUAUUACUGUGUGUAAGGGAACACGUUUAGCCGCAGCAAUAAACGGUAAA